GACAGCACAUCCCACACGUCAGAAGAGCAGGGCUUGUGAGCAUUUCUGGAAUCCAGGCUCUUCUCACAGAGGGAGGGACAGAGCAGGCAUUAGCACCAUGGAGUCACCCUCAGUCCCUGCUCACAGACGACUUGUCCCCUGGCAAGAGCUCCUGUUGGCCGGCUCACUCUUAAUUUUCUGGAGCCCGCCCAUCACUCAACAACUCACUGUUGUGUCGAUCAAUGCUACUGUAGGAGAGGACGUGCUUUUCCAUGCCCACAAUCUGCCUGGGGAUCUUGUAGGCUAUAACUGGUUCAAAGGGGAAAGUACAGAAAAUGAAAACCGUUCCAUUGCAUCAUAUGUAAUAGGCAAUGAAUCGACUAUCACUGGACCUGCAGGCAGCGGUCGAGAGACAAUAUACCCCAAUGGAUCCCUGCUGUUCCAGAAGGUCACCCAGGAGGACACGGGAUACUACACACUACAAGUCAUAAAAAGAAAUUUGCGGAGUGAAAGAGGAACUGGACAGCUCCGAGUAUACCAGAAGUUACUCACACCCAACAUCACAACCAACAACUCCAACCCCGAGGAGAACAAGGACCCUGUCGUGUUAACCUGUGAACCUUGGACUCAGGACACCACCUACCUGUGGUUGAUCAACAAUCAGAGUCUCCCAGACAGCACCAGGCUGCAGCUGUCCAGCGACAACAGGACUCUCACUUUACUCCAUGUCACAAGGAAUGACAUGGGACCCUAUGUGUGUAAAACCCGGAACCCAGUGAGUGCCGGCCGCAGUGACCCAUUCACCCUGAAUGUUCUCUAUGGCCCCGAUGUACCCGUCAUUUCCCCCCCAGACUCCCACUACCCUCCAGGGGCAAACCUCAAACUCUCCUGCCAUGCAGCCUCUAACCCGCCCGCACAGUAUUCCUGGUCUAUCAAUGGGAGCUCCCCGCAACCCACACAGGAGCUCUUUAUCCCCAACAUCACUGCGAAUGAUAGUGGAUCCUAUACCUGCCUCGCCCAUAACCCUCACACUGGCCUCAAUAGGACCGCGGUCAAGAAUAUCACAGUCUCUGAGCCCGUGGGGAAGCCCUCCAUCCGAGCCAGGAACAGCACAGUCACAGAGCACAAGGACACCGUGGUCUUGACCUGCCUCACAAAUGACACUGGGAUCUCUAUCCGGUGGCUCUUUAACAAGCAGAGUCUGUGGCUCACGGACAGGAUGAAGCUGUCCCAGGGCAAUAGCAUCCUCACCAUAGACCCCGUCAGGAGGGAGGAUGGUGGCAGUUAUCAGUGUGAGGUCUCCAACCCUGUCAGUUCCUGCAAAAGUGACCCCCUCUGGCUGGAUGUACAAUAUGUUUCAGCAUCACAACAUCCUGGCCUCUCAGAUGGGGCUAUUGCCGGCAUCGUGAUUGGAGUCCUGGCUGGCAUAGCUCUGAUAGCAGCCCUGGUGUACUUUCUGUACAUCAGAAAGACUGGAGGGGCGAGCGACCAGCGCGAUCUCACAGAGCACAAGCCCUCUGCCUCCAACCACAGUCAGGGCCACUCUGACAACUCACCCAACAAGAUCAAUGAAGUUACAUAUUCUUCCCUGAACUUCAAUGUCCAGGAAUCACAGAAACCAACUUCAGCCUCCCCGUCCCCGACAGAAACGGUUUAUUCACAAGUCAGAAGGAAGUAAUGCCGCCCUCCCUGCUCACCGCACUGCAGACUGAUCCCAAGCUUCUCAUCUCCGUCACCAGGAGCCCCCUUUGUCCUCCGGGAAAAGGAGAAGAAGCCUUUUCCUCCCCCACUCCCCUUCACUCUCUCAGUGCCACCUCCAGGUUCCUAGUCACAGCCCUCUCUUCAGUGUCAACAGAUGAAAAGGUACAUCCGGGAGUCUGUAGGAAGCCCAACCUUCCUUGUCAUUGAAAUCUGGCAAAGCAGGCUCUGGGGAGAGUUGCCAGAACCUCUAGCCCUCCCCACUUCCUGACCUAGAUUGUUCUAAACGUAUCUAUUCAGCGCACACUUAUUCCUUCCCACCUCAGCCCUGUCCUGUUGGAGUCUAAUUUGAAUUUGCCAUAACCUUGAGAGUAUGUCCUUAUCCACUGAACUGCACAUGACAGAGAAGAGAGAGAAACCGUAAAGCUUCUCCUCUCUCUCCAAAGCCCCGUAUGGACCCGCACCACAGGAAAACAAAUAUAUAACCAGGUCUCAACAGUGCAAUUCUAUACCUUUGUGCACUGUCAGGGUGUCUACCUGUAGGACUAGAGCCUAAAUACCUUGUUGCUUGGCUAGCAUACCACCAGAGCCCUUUGGCAGGCCUGUCUUCAGAGAACCCACUAGAAGCAACUACGAAAACUAUAGGUGAAGCCCACUGGAAAAU